GUCUAAACAAAAGUUAAAAAUUGUUUUCAUGCUACUAGCAUAUUAGAUGUUAUAAUUAUUUACUGUUUAGUUUUUUAAGUCCUAUCUAUCGAAGUCAUACUCGUACAUAACAUAUGUUAUUUUAAUUAUUUUAUAUUCUAGUGAUCUUGUGCUUUCACAUUCACAGAUCUUGUUUAAACUCUAGGAUUACGGAACUACAAUCGUCGGUUACCUUAUUAUUAUUGAUAAAUUAUGUGAAAUGUGUAGUUUAGAAAAUGCCUGUGAUAUUAUUAAUCUAUCAUCAGACGAGGCUGGCGAAGUCGAAAUUGUCGAUUGGCGCUCACCUUUAAGUUUAAAUAAAGAUGAAAAUAGCAACUUCGAAUUUAUAGAUGAUGCCUAUUUAAAAAAUUUAAUAGAAAUAUGUCUUAAAGCAGAAAACUCUAGAGGUAUGCUUAGAGUUAUAAACAGAUCACUUUUGCCUUUAUACCAAGAAGCAAAGCCAGAUUAUUUAAAUAGCUCACAAUUUCAAGAAAUGCUCCAAAGAAGUAGUGUUCUUAUAGAGAAGAACCCUAAAUUUAAAUAUUCCUACAUAAAAUCAGUAUGUGAAAACUUAAGGAAGAACAAAAAGAAAAAACGAGUAAGUUUCACUACCCUGGAGUCAAACAUAAAAAGAAACAGAGUAAAUAACAACCAUAACAUGGAAAAUGGAAAUAUACAUGUUAUCGAAGAGGAUAGUAUUGGAGAAUGUGGAGAUAAAAAUGAUGUAAUACUUCUGGAUGAGACAGUAAAUGAGGAAAAAGAAAAUAAAUCCAAUAGUUCAGCACUACAGCUUGAGCAUCAAGCAACAUCAUUACACUCAAAUUUAAUAGCUCUGAAUACAGAGGACACUGUAAAUGAUACAAAAGAAAGUGGUGUCUUAAAUUUGUCACAUAACUUCAUGUGUGAUAAAGCUACAACAUCCUGGGAACCGUUAAAUAAUAGUCAAGCGAAUUUAUUGAUAGCUCAUAGAAUUGAGUUACCUACUGAUGAUGAGCAAGUAAAAAUUAAAUUCUUGGAAUUUGAAAUUACAAGGUUAGAAAAAUUAAUCAAACAGUUGGAAGAGACAGAGGUUAUUGAAGAUAACGAUCAUUCACCAUAUGUUUUAUGCGAGCUAUAUAAGGAAAAGGUUGUGGACCUGUACAAACAACUUUGCCAUUUGACUCAGUCACCUAUAGUGAAAAAGCAUGAAGUCCGACUAAGAGUCUUGGAAGGGCGUGCGGAAGCACCAGUUAAGAUUCUAGAAAGAUUUCUUAACAAUACCUUGCAAAGUAAUGGAUAUCCCUUAUUCCCUGACUUUAAUGAUGUUAAAAUAUGUGUUGUUUUAGCAAAUGACAUUCAUAAACUAGGAUGGGAUGCUACAAAAGUUAUGAAAGAAGCCAGAGCACUAUUUACGCAAUGCGGUCGGGCCCUGCAAAAGUUGCGUCAGAGACGUGAAUGGAGAGAUUUGCUCGCUAAUGUGAAGAAGGAACAUGAGGAUGAUCCAGCCCUGCAUGAUCCAGAGUUAAUGGCUAAGCUGGAUGCAAACAAGCAGUGGGCCUUAAAGAGGGAAAUGGACAUUAUCGAGAAAUACGCUCAAAUGGAGAUUGUAGCAUUAAAAAAACGAAAAAAACAUACUGAGAACACGGUAAAUAACAAUGAUGCGUCAAGUGAUAGCGAUGCAGAUUCCGUUAUUUUAUGUGAAGAAGACAUGCUACGGAAUGAAGAAUUUUUCAAAAAACUAAGAGAUGAAGUGAAAAUAGAAAAGACAGAUAACAUAGAUGAUACACACAAUAAUGAACCAGUUGAUGUCAAAGAAUGUGUAGUUAAAAUGGAACCAUUAUCUAAACAACUGGAAGAUUUGGGUGAUAAUUUUACAAUUACCAUUGAAAUCGACAAUCCAUUUCUUGUUGUUGAAGUGUCUUCGGAUAGUGAUGAUGACGUUGAACUUCUAUAAUUAUUUUUACUUAAACCUUUUUAGGAUUCCUCAGUGCGCCUUUUGUAUUUACGAAACAUCAUUACAUUGUUUUGCUUAAAUUAGUUGUCAUUAUGUCCAUAGUUUUAGUUUUGUUUCAAAUGUAAAUAAAUAUAAAUGGUUAGUUAAAUUUCUACAGUGUAAGUAGUAUGAUAAAUUAUUCACUGGAAAUUACUCAUAAAUAUUAAAACAUUCAAAAGCCAAAAAUAUAUAUAAACACUGCAAUAAAAUUAGCAAAAAU